AUGUACUUGCAACAGUUGCAACACAUGCAGCAUGGUGUCUCGAACGCUAUAAAACUCAUUUUAGUUAACCCCACACAUUGGCACAUUUUACGAAUCAAAUUACAAAUAAAACAAAAAUCUAAAAUCACGCAGAAGAAGAUGCGUACACGUCCCCUGUCGAGCAAGGAUUUCACGCUUGAUGGUAUAAAUGGUUUUGGUGGCAAGAAAAAAAAGAAGAAACGUCGACAUAGUCGUACGAUUUUCACUUCUUAUCAAUUGGAAAAACUCGAAGAGGCCUUCAAAGAAGCACACUAUCCCGAUGUGUAUGCACGAGAAAUGUUAUCGCUAAAAACCGAGUUACCUGAGGAUCGGAUACAGGUUUGGUUUCAAAACCGCCGCGCGAAAUGGCGCAAAACGGAGAAAUGUUGGGGACGCAGCACAAUCAUGGCCGAGUACGGAUUGUAUGGAGCGAUGGUGCGCCAUUCGUUGCCACUGCCGGAGACCAUCAUCAAAUCGGCUAAGGAGAACGAGUCAGUGGCACCGUGGCUACUAGGUAUGGAGACGGAAAGCAUGCAUCGCAAAUCGAUAGAAGCCCAACAGACAUUCAAAGAUGACUCCGGCGUUAGCGAUCACGAAGACUCGGCUGGUUCGAAAUCCAAUGACGAAGCGCACCGCCUCAGCUCCUCCACCGAGUCGUUGAAUGUUGUUAGUCCGGGACCGACGCACGAGCGCACGCACAUAUCCUCAAAUGCGACAACACCCACAGCUACCACAGCUUCAUCAUCGUCGCCGCACAUCGAUUUGAGCAGUCCCUCACCGCCCACAUCGCAUGCGUCAACCGCAUCGCUGGCAUUACAGCUCUCACCAUUGCAACAACAUCAGCGACAUUUGUUCCAGCAAGUGCUAGUGCCGCCAACCGCACAACCCUCUUACCAUCCGCUCAUGGAUGCGGCCAAUGCCAGCGCGGGUGCGGCGACAAGCAAAGAUUUCCACAUGAUUAUGAACACGGCUGUGGCAGCGGCAGCGGCAGCCGCUGCGGCAAGUGGUGCUGCCACUACUGCUGGUGGUAGUGGCACAGGCGGCGCUGUAAGCGGUUUACAUCAUCAUGGAAACGGCACGGCGGCUGCGUACGCAACGCUCGAUCAUGAUCCGGACACAUUUCGCAACAACUCGAUCGCCUGUCUGCGCGCCAAAGCGCAGGAACACCAAGCUCGUCUGCUCAAUAGUGGUCUCUUCUUGCAGGUGCGUUCCUUCGCCGGUUUCCAAGCCAACAGCCAUGCGUCGAGCGUCAGCAAUUCCGCCAGCAGUCGCGCUGCUAAUACCAACAAAAGCAAUAACAACAAUGAAUUCAUAAAAAUUGCAGACAACGUGGGUGUAGGUCAAACAUCACCUGUGAAUUUUGUUGGCAUCUGUAAUACUGAUGGCAGCGGGCAUAACAACAACAAUAUUGAAUUCUGCUUGCCGAUUGCAAGUGCCUUGCAACAACAGCAGCAGCACCAGCAACAACUGAAGUUGGAGCGCAUGUCCUGUGAUCUGUAGUAUUAAAAUGCAAUUACCUUGCAUCAAAACAUCAAGCCAAAAACAACAAAAAUAUUAACGAAUUUAUUUAA